AUGGCUCCAAAAAGUACAGCUCAAAAGAGAUUAUUGAAAGAAUAUCAACAACUUUGUAAGGAUUCACCUCCAGGUAUCAUUGCAGGUCCAGUUUCUGAAGAUGAUAUAUUUUUAUGGGAAUGUCUUGUAGAAGGACCUCCCGAUACUCCUUAUGAAAAUGGUGUGUUCCCUGCAACUUUAACUUUCCCCAAAGAUUACCCCUUAGGACCUCCUGUAUUGAAAUUCAACCCUCCUUUAUUACAUCCAAACAUAUAUGCUGAUGGAACAGUAUGUAUUUCAAUUUUACAUCCUCCAGGUGAAGAUCCAAAUCAAUAUGAAAGACCCGAAGAAAGAUGGUCUCCAGUACAAAGUGUAGAGAAAAUUUUACUCAGUGUAAUGUCAAUGUUAGCUGAACCAAAUUGUGAAAGUGGUGCCAAUGUAGAUGCCUGUAAAUUGUUCAGAGAUAAUAGACAAGAAUAUGAUAAUCAAAUUAGACAACAUGUGAUGAAGUCUUUGGGUUUAUAA